AUGCCUGCAGUAGUCCUACGACAUUCUCGCAUGUCCCGAAGUCCCGAUCGUACCACGGACGAGCUUUUCGAACAAACUCCCAUUGAAAGAGUUGUACAUCAAACCGUGAACGGCAGUCUGCAGUCGAAUUUAAAAAAACAGUGGAAAGAGGGUAGCUCUUUGGGAAACAUCCCACUCCUCCAGUUCCAUGGGAGUUAUCGAAUUGAACAGAUUAAUAAGGCGUGGGAUUCACCGGAUAUGUCUCGUCUACCUUUACACUGCUCAGCUCAUUCACAGGAAAGUGUACGAAGAAUUACUGCGCUGUGUUCCAAAGAGGAAACCGAAUUUUCUCAAAUGAAGGGAUUACGAGAUCGGAGAAAGAUCCCAGAUGUUGUCGGAUCAACCGAACCUGAUGUCGACGAAUCCCUUUACGAGGACGAAAUUAUUGAGUGA